AUGACUGCUGUCCAGAUCACAGAAUUCCACAAACCAUACGAGAUCCGGCAUAUCGAGACGCCGCGAAUCCUGAGGCCUUACGAUUUGUUCAUUAAAACCGUGGCGGCUUCAUUGUGUCACACCGAUGUUAUGGUCAUUGAGGGCAAUUUCCCCACCGAAUUGCCAUGUACUGCGUCCCAUGAAGGGACAGGCAUUGUGUUGGAGACUGGCUGCUCCGUUGAGGGCUUUAAGAAGGGUGAUCGAGUAUUGAGUGGUUUACCUCGCAACCCUUGUACGGAGUGUGAAGAUUGUCGCGGUCCUGACGACUAUCGCCAAUACUGCACGCAUGUGGAGGGGCAGAUUGGUACCAUCGUUGAUGGGGCUUUUGCUGAAUACCAUAUCGCGGACAGCAGGACAAGUUGUCUCAUACCCGACGGCAUCAGCUUUGCGGAGGCAGCGCCUUUAGCUUGCGCUGGACGGACUGUCUAUCGGUCUAUCAUCGCGAGUGGGAUCCAAACGGGGGAAUGGCUCGCCAUUGUUGGUGCUGGUGGUGGGUUAGGCCAUCUGGGCGUUCAAUUCGCGCUCGCAAAAGGAAUAAACGUGAUUGCGAUAGAUGCCAGAGAUGAGGGCCUGAAACUAUGCACAAAGGUCGGGGCAAAGCACAUUAUUGACGCACGAAACGGCCUGGAUAGCGUCGUUGCAGAGCUUCGUGAUCUCACCGGAGGACGAGGUGCGGAUGCGACUAUCAACGUGAGCGCGCAUCGGACUUCUGCUAGACUCGCUUGUGCUGUCACAAAAAUGCACGGGGUCGUGGUCCAAACAGCCGGUCCGGAAGACCUGUCUAUAUCAGCGUUUGACCUGAUCUUUCGCGACAUCAGAAUCAAAGGUUCACUCCUGGCUGGUCGCGAAGGCACUUUGGAGAUGCUUUCCCAGUAUGAGAAACGCAGAUUGAAGGUCGAGAUUAAUCUAUUCUACGGGCUAGAUCAAGUACCAGUCAUGCUCGAGGCGUUACAUUCUGGCAAGAUGAUGGGAAAAGCGGUCUGUAUCGUGGAUAGGGAGGCAUUCGAAGUAGACGGUAGCAUGCAAGGGUCGGAAAUAGUCCGUCUGGCCUAG